AUGAGUUCCUCCGAUGACGAAGGGUCUGUUUGGGGAGCGGGAUUCGACCCAGCGGGCGGGGAGCCGGCCGGCGGCCGCUCGGCCCGCCCCACAGCUCCGCGAGGCCCGCGACUAGGCCUAGAUCUGGGGACGCCGCGGAGCAGCCAGGGCUUCCCGUCCGAGCCAGAAGGGGUGGAAGCAGAAGGGCGGGUGCUUUGGGGCCGCGAAGGCCGGCCUGGCUCCCCGGCCAACGUCCAGGGGCAGGUCCUCGGCUACCUCGCCAACGAGGCGGCGGCGGCCGUCCUGCAGCAGCUGACCGACCGGGAUGUCCUGGGCGUCCGCAGAAAUCCCUCCCCAGAGAGCUGCUCCACGGAAGUGUCCACCGUGUGGGUGGACCUAGAUCCGGGUCCCAGUAGGAGAGGCGUGCGGGCCCAGAGCUGGGUGGGAUCGCAGCCCCUGCCUUCCGCCAUCGCCCCGCUCCGCCCCAGGGGGCCCGAGAGAGGCCGGCCCUGGGUGAACCCGAAGAGAGGCGCUAAGAAUAGGUCGAACCGCACUGUGGGUCGCCAUCGGCCCUCCGUGGAAGGCCUGGUCGGGCCCAUUUCCGACUCCGAGUCAUCGGAUGAGAUCGAGAAGCUGCAGCUGAUGAGGGUGACCGUUAGCCGCAAAGGAAGAGGCAUGGCCAGACCCAGCAGCCUCGAGGGUCCCAGGGACACCCCCAGGCACCCGAGUACCCACGGCAGGGAGAGCUUCCUUCACGUGCCGGGCCCUUUCGUGUCCUCCGCUGCCCGAGGACUCACCUCGGCUGUGGAAAGGCAGGCUGUUGGAGAGCAGGACACCUCGUCCUCUAAGAAAAUGCCGAGUGUGGUCUGGGGGAAGGCGGAGAGCAGGCCCAGCUACCUGGGAGCUGCUGCCACAGGUGGCCUGCCCGCGGCCAUACCCUGGAGGAAGGUGGCCCAGGAGAAGAGAUCUCUAGGCGGGGGCUCAAACCUUGUCCUGGGGAGAAGCUUUCCCUCCUGGGUGCAGAGAGUCCCGGCGCCUCCCCUGGAGCCAGUCACCUUCCCCACAAUCUCCACCGUCCCGCUGCUGACGAGGAGCAAGAAGUCCUCCUGGGUCCCUUCGGGGACCAAGCAGCCCAAGCACACGGGCGCUGGGAAGAAGUCUGUGGCCAGGAGGGCCAGGGAGUCCGAGCCGGUGGUGGAAGGAGAUAAGGAGCCGAAGGGAGGCCCAGUCCCAAGGGGCCAGCCUCCUGCACCCAAGCCAGGGCCGCCUGGUGUGUACCCGUAUCGUGGAGAUUUCAGCAGUGGCGACUUCAGCAUCGGAGCCCCCCUGAUUCCAAGACGCUCGCAGCUCUUGGUCCUGAGCCAGGGUGACGUCGUGCCCAGAGGGCCCACACCCUCGGGUGACCGGGAGUUACUUGACCGUCCCCCAAGACUGGAAAGGCAGCAGCAGCUGCCACCUGGAGCAGAGGGCUGUCCCCGGUGCCCCGUGCUACAGAGAGAAGUCGACGAACUUAAACAGCAGCUUGCGUCCAUGCAGUCCCUGACUGACAAGUUCCACAGCCUUUGAAGUUGAAGUUGAGCCCGGCAUGCAUCUUCCGACAAGAGGAGCAGCUGUUCCCCCUUGGAGCCAGCGAGCUGCGGCCAAGCUGGUCCCCUCCUGUUCUACGUCAGCCGGGGCUUCCUCUCCCCUUUCUGUGGCCUCCUCCCUACCCCAGUU